CGGCCUUCAAAUAUCUGGGAGAAGUAUAUCCUCCUCCUCUUCUUCUUCUUCUUCUUCUUCUUCUUCGCUCUUUUUUCCAUUCUUUGCUCUGCCCCAGCAAAAUCUGCUAAAUUUUAGUGCUAAUAAUCGGUAUAUACUCAAUCACUCUAUACUUAGACGUAUAUGCCCUUACGACAAAGGUCCUUGAAUGGCGAUUUUGGCUUCGCUACCAGGCUUCAACAUCUUCUCCAACCUCCCUUCGACUCCACCGCCUAACGACUUCGCAGCCGCCCACACACCACCGCCGCAACCGCCCAUUCCGGUCCCCAAAUACCCGCCGCCACUGAAAUCCCGAAAACAUCCUCCCCAACCUCCAAAACCCCAGUCCGCUCCCGCCUUCAAGACCUUCCACCACCGCUCCAAAUACUACAAGCCUGUCAGAGGCGGAGUCAUUUCAUCCGAUGGGGACCGUUCCGUCGUCGUUGGUGAUUCCGGCCUGUCGUAUCUCCUUCCCGGAGCGCCUUUCGAGUUCCAGUUCAGUUACUCGGAGACGCCGAAAGCAAAGCCUCUGGCCAUCCGCGAGCCUUUCUUGCCCUUCGCACCGCCGACCAUGCCGAGGCCGUGGACCGGCAAGGCGCCGAUGAAGGGCUCGAAGAAGAGGAAAAUUCGUCUCUUGGAUUCGGGCGAUAAGUCGCCGUUUGGGACAAACGGAGGGAAGGAAUUGGAAAUGCUGAAGCCGUACAAGCUCGGGGACUUUCCGACGGAGGUAAAGCAGAGAAAGCAGGUCCUGGGAAAGCCAUUGACGAAAGCAGAGAUUCAGGAGCUGCUACAGCCUCAUAUUUCAAGUAACCGGCAGGUCAAUCUGGCUAAAAAUGGAGUAUACACUUCCUUGGUGAAAGAUGUGAGGAAUGCUUUUGAAGGAAGCAUAUUGGUUAAGAUUGACUGCAAGGGGUUGCAUGCAAGUGACUAUAAGAAGAUAGGUGCUAAGCUGAAGGAGUUGGUUCCUUGUGUGCUAUUAUCUUUUGACAAUGAACAGAUACUGAUGUGGAGGGGACAAGGUUGGAAAUCAAAGUACCCAGAAGCUACUUCAGCUUCAAAUCUUGCUGAUAGUGACUGCACAGAGAGGCACAUGGAAUCAGGAAGUCAGAAUGCUGAUUAUCCUACAUCAGAUCCUAAAGCUGUAUUCUCAAGCCCUAAAAUGUUCCUGUGGAGGCGAGCAAUCGAUGCAAGCAAGGCAUUAUUGUUGGACGAGAUUGAUCUUGGCCCUGAUGCUCUUUUGGAGAAAGUGGAAGAAUUUGAGGCCUUAUCACAGGUGACAGAGCACUCGUAUCCAGCAAUAGUAUUGUCGGGUGGUGAAGAUGGUACUGGUAGAUCAGGGGCAGAUCCUGAAGGUCUUCACAAGGAGAACCAGAGCGAGAAUGCGAUUUAUGGCCAAGAUGAUGGUGAUGGUGAGGACGAUGGUGACGAAUACUAUCUGAGUGACGCAUUUGAAGGAGCAGAAUCAUCAGUACCUCUAGGGUCAUUGCCAGUGGAUUAUAUAGCAAAGUGGCUAGUGAGCAAUGAAAGUUGAAUAAAGAUACUCAGAGGCCUUCCAGCUGAGCUGCAUUCAUAACAUUCGCAUUUGACUGUGGCAUGUGAUGGAGGCGAGCUUGAAAGGUUGGUGGAUCUUUGGCCGAAAAAAUUGAACCCUUCUAACUGUAGAAAUUACUUGGAAGGUUGUUUGCAAAUGCGGCUCUCAGAGGAUGGAGCAAGACUGGAAAUGCCUCACUCAGCAGUGCUCCAAUCUUCAGAACUGGUGCAAGUGUAAUAAUAAAUUCUCUUUAAUAGAUCUUUGUAAAAUCAACUUUUCCUUAUCCA